AUGUCUCACUUGCCGCUCACCAACAACGGCAAUCCCAUGCAACUGGCCGACCCCAAUCAACACGGUUACUAUGCCAGUCCUCCAAACCCCACACCCUCCGCAGACCAUCGCCAACAGCAAUAUUUCAGUUCUCCUGCUUUCCAGUACAACCAGCCACAUCCAGGAUCAACUUUUGAACACAGCAGUCCAGGACUCCAGCUUUCCACACCAGGACAGUUCACCAGCCUCCCAAACUUGCAACACUCCACUCCGUUACAGCGCAAUCAGAAUCAAAGGAGUAUAUUAAUGUCUUCCAACGGAUUGUACGUCCCGGACAGAAAUCUAGCCACCAGCGGGUAUCGUGGAGCCACACACGGAAACCAACCACAGUUCAGCAUUUAUAAAAAUCACAACGCCCCAGCGGCACAGCCAACUCCUCGACAGGUUCUUCCACAAGAGUAUCUUCCCCCAGCUCCUAUGCCGAACCCCCAAGUCCAGCCUCCAAAGAAGAAACCCCGCAACAAAACCAAACGUCCGUAUGUGGAGGCUGAUACCCAGGCGAGCCAAAUCAAAAUCAACCCUGCCCAAAUGCCUGCUCCACCAAACUCAACCAAUCCUGCGACCGAACCCACUGCCCGAGAUUCUGUUACACGAUUCUUGAUGGUUCCCAACCUCAACACUGUACCUGCCGCGCGUGUCCCUCCAACACUAGAGGCAUAUGCAAAUAAAACAUCAGAUGAACUGCGGGCCAUUGCCCUUGCAAAAUCAAAGAAGGUGAUGACACGUGAGGAUGAGUUGUACUUCUUCCAAUACUAUGAGCUACAGAAAGUCAAGUUAACCUUGGCAGCAAUCAACUGUCGUGUAUCCAUGAGCAUGAUAGAAAAUCUCAUGGGUAGGAAACAGGCUGUGCGAGGAGCGUCGGGGUGGAACAACUUUCAGGCAAAAAACAAUGAUGUUUUCAAAGGCAAAGGCCAAGGAGUUCGGAAUUCAGGUGGUAUGAAAAAGCUGUCUCCCAUGUGGUGGGACUUAACCUCCGAACAACGUGACACGUACAAGAAUAAAAAACUUCCUGCAAUCAUUGAAGAAGACGAGUCCGAUGCUUCGACUGAUGCACCCAAUCUUGCAGCUGUCACGGGCCUCAGAGCACACUCCAAAUCUCUUAAACUAGCCGAGAAGCGAGUUGAUAAGUUCAUGAAAGAGUGGAACCAAAAGGCCCUCAACAUUGCUGCUAGCAACCACUGCGAGCUGGUCAUGUUUGCGGUGUCAAACCACCUCCAGAGUAACAAUUUUCAGCUGGCAUACUCCACACCCGGGGCGGCCGAAUUUGUCAAACAAAUGUACGAGGCAGAUGGCAUCCAAAACUACCAAAGCCGAAUUCAAUCUUAUUGCACUGGCGCCAAAUUAAAUGCGAUCAGUGCCGCAGUUACUCAGAAAAAAACUAAGAAAGGUGUUAAUAAUGAAGCAGUCACUCAAGCCCGAGCCAAGCUGGCUGAGUUUGUUUCUCGCGAGACUGAGGGCAGGAAGACAAGCUGGUCGUGGCAGGGUUGUGACAAAGCGCUUGGUCGUCUUGGAUACAAGGUCGUCUUUCUCCCUGGCACCCUGUCAAACCCUGAAUGGAUCAAAAGUGCAAGCAACCGCCUCCUCAAUGACGAAGCCAAGCUAAUCACGGACGAUAUAGACCAAGAUCUCAUUCGCAUUGUUAAAGACAAGGAUGCCUUAAUGGGCCAUAUCCGCCAACCCGUCAAACCAGCUGCCCUCACCCUUUCCGAGCGCGCACUGGACAGCAACACCUCGGACGAAGAUGCUCAAUCAGACUCAGGAACCACAUUCCCUGCUCGCAGGUUUCGACCUACUCGUCUGGCUGCAGGAGGCUUCAUGUUAUCGGAUCACAGCCUUGCCAAUAACACCGAUGAAGAGGAAGAUCUUCAAGCUCGUGGCCAACAAGUAUCGAGUGUCCCUCACUCUGAUGAAGAAGAAGAUUGCGGUCCCUCAUACAAACAUACCGACCCACAGAAAUCAGCAACCCAUUCAACUCUCCACGCUUCCAGGGCCGGGCCUGCCGCCAGCCUCUACCUCCAGGCAUGCAACUAA